UUCUUUUUAUUCUCUUCCCCCUUUCAGUAUGGCUUUAAUUACAGAUCUAAUCCAAAUAACAAGUAAUCGGUUGGAAGCAUGGAUGCAGUUGGUUUCACCUCAAAUACGUAAGAGAGCUGGCAUUAUAUCCGUGAGCACAGCUGUCAUUUUAACCUUAUUGUACACCACAAUCCAAAAAUUCAAUCGUCCACCUAAACAAUUAAGACAUUUGCCUUAUGUUAGCUAUCUUUCUUUUCUUAAAUAUUGUUUUCGUGAUGAUCUGUUUGAGACUUAUUCAAAACAAGUCUGUAUGCCCUUGUUAAAAGAAUCCAAUGGUAUCUACAUGCGUCCUAUCGUAGAAGGUUGGUCUAUUCAAUUAGCAAAUCCAGUGGCAGUCAAACAAGUGUUGUUUAAACCAGAGGCUUCGUUUCCCAAAGCACAUCGAGCUGUAGGUGCUAAAGGCACACUUAUUUCGAAAUUCAUUGGUGGCCCUAAUAUUGUAUUGCUCAGUGGUGCAGAUUGGAGAAGACAUCGAAAGAUUGCUAAUCCUGCUUUUCAACGUUCUAUGCCCGUCAAAGCAUUUGGCAAUCUUACCAUAAAAAUGUACAAAGCAAUGGAAGACUCAGGUUCAGAUACAAUUGACGUUCUUAACUUAUUUGAACGAUGGACAUUAGAUGCUAUUGGCAUCACUGGUUUUGAUUUUGAUUUUAAUGCAUUGGGUGAUAAAAACAGUCAAUGGGUGCGUUAUUAUGACUCUGUUAAAGAUGGCAUGAGCCAUCCAUUUUACAUCUUUUUCCCUGCUUUUGAUACCAAGUAUCUCUAUUUACAAAAGAAACGAAAAGAAGUGCAUGAUAAUCUAGACAAGUUUUUACAGAACCUUGACAAGAUUAUUGAAGAUAAGCGAAAACUUGUGCACGAGAACAAGGAUACGACGCGCGAUGAAGAUAAGGAUUUAUUAGCUUUGAUGAUUGAAAGUGAAUUGAAUGAAGAGGGUGCCAAACUAACUAACGAAGAAUUACGAAGUAAUCUAUGUAUCUUUUUCUUGGCUGGCCACGAUACAACUGCCAAUACGCUUGCUUUUACUCUUUAUGAAUUGGCCAUCAAUCCUGAACUUCAAGAAAAAGCAAGAGAGGAAGCCAUUCGUGUCCUUGGUGAUGCUCCUCAAGAUAUUAUUCCUACAAUUGAACAAACAAAAGAAUUGACUUAUAUUAACAUGAUUAUGAAAGAAACCAUGAGAAGACAUUCUCCUGUAUAUAAUACAACACUUCGUACAGCUCUUGAAGACAUUGAAAUUGCAGGUCACUUUAUUCCUAAAGGCUCUGAAUUUGCUGUAGAUAUUUAUAAUCUUCAUCAUAACCCAGAUGUUUGGUCUGAUCCUUACAAAUUUGAUCCUGAUCGAUUCCUUCCUGGAGGUGAAGCUGACCAACAGGAAGGUGUUGCUUGGGCCCCCUUCAGCAAUGGUGGUCGUCAAUGUAUUGGUAUGAAUUUCAGUUUAGCUGAACAACGCGUUGUUCUCUCCAUGAUGUGUAAGUUUAUCUGUAUAGUUGGCCAAUUAUUCACUUCCCUUUUUUUUAAUGAUAGUAAGAAAGUUUAAAUGGACACUUCCUACUGAUUCACCCCAUAAGAAUGUCUUGAAAAAAAGAGGCAUUGCUUGGGGUUUGGUGAUUACAAAAGAAAAACUUGAUAUUACUUUUGAAAAACGAUA